CUGAGAUUCAGAAGUCCACUUAUGAGGUUCAAUUCACUGAAGCUGCAUAUGUGGAUCAAAUAAGGAGAUCCGACCCGAUAUCUUUAUCGGAUCCAUUUCGGAUCUGGGCAUACCAACUCAUAUCGGAUGCUGGGGGAGCUUAACGGGUGACCCAACCAAACCCGACCCGUUACCAACCCAGGUGCCAGCCUGGCAUUCUCCUCAACGUCUCUCUCUGGCACACGUCCAACCUUCAUCUCUCUCUCUCUCUCUCUCGUCUCCUCCCAAUUCGAGCGGGACGAAGAGGGCAUCGCAUUCUCUUUCAUUCUCUUCGAGAUCGAUUUAAUUCCCUAGAAAUGGACGAUUUCAAUCUCGCCCUGGUGAUAGUCGCCGUGGUGGUGUGCAUCCUCGUUCUUUUCGUGAAUUUCUACAUCCUCAUCAACUACCAGCACCCCGACGAUGCCAACCAGGCUUACUUUCCGAAGUUCAUCGUCGUCCUUGGCCUCUCCGUCGCCGCUAUCUCCAUUCUCAUGCUCCCAGCCGAUGUCGCCAAUCGUCAGGCUUGCCGCAAUGCCAUUUACAAUGGGGCAUGUAGCCUUACCCUUCCUAUGAAGACGCUUUGGCUCGCUGUUUAUAUCACUGAUGCCGUACUUGUCUUCCUUGUCAUUCCCUUCACCAUGUUCUAUUAUGAGGCCGAUCAGGACAAGAGCGCGGGGAAGAGAUUGAAGAGCUCUCUUAUGUGGGUGAUUGUGUCUGCCAUUAUAUGUACGCUCAUUCUUGGAAUUCUCUAUGGACUUUUGGGGAAAGCCGAUAUCACAGUUAGGCAUCUCUCUUCAUCUGCAACUAAUUUUCCAAGUAUGUGGACUGAGUUCUCAAGCACUCAACAUUGUAUUGGAUCAUCCUCACAUCAGAUUUUUUCCAUCAAGCAGUGUUCUGCAUAUACGGCGAGUGCCUCUUCACUGACAACUUGGACAACCCGUACUUCCUUCCCAGAAUAUGUGGUUGCUGUAACAACUAUUGUUGGAUCGGUUCUUUUCUCGAUUUUUGGAGGUGUUGGGAUAACUUGCCUUCCACUGGGACUUAUAGCUUCAUUUAUAAAGCGCCCAAAGGCUGUGAUCACCCGAUCACAGUACAUAAAGGAAGCAACUGAAUUGAGCAAAAAAGCUAGAGAAUUGAAAAAGGCAGCUGAUUCACUUCGUCAAGAAGAGAAGAGUGGUUCUAAAGGGAAAAGUUGGCGUAAAAAUGUAAAGGCUGUUGAAAAGGAAUUGCUUCUCUUAGAGAAUGAUGUGAACGCUCUUGAAGAAAUGUAUCCUCAAGGAGAGCAGGCAGAGACUGCUUGGAUUUUAACAGUUCUUGGUUAUAUGGGAAAACUUAUAUUGGGAACCUUAGGGGCAAUCGUUUCAGUGGCUUGGAUUGCCCACAUUGUGAUAUAUUUAUUGAUUGACCCUCCACUUUCACCAUUCUUAAAUGAAGUCUUCAUUCAAUUGGAUGACAUAUGGGGGCUACUGGGUACUACAGCAUUUGCGUUAUUCUGCUUCUACCUUCUGCUUGCGGUUAUUGCGGGGGAAAUGAUGCUUGGUUUGCAAUUGGUAUUUAUAACCAUUCAUCCAAUAAAGUGGGGUGGGACACUGAUGAAUUCUUUUCUUUUUAAUGUUGGACUCAUUUUACUUUGCUCUAUAAGUGUGAUACAGUUCUGUGCCACAGCUUUUGCUUAUUAUGCACAAGCAACUGCUGCUCAGGAAAUAUUCGGCCACACCCUACAAUCCCUUCGGGGUAUCAAAUAUCUAUACAAGUAUAAUGUGUUUCAAAUUGCAUUUAUUGGCUUUGCGUUUCUAACAUUAUUGUGCUAUGUGUUAUUUGGAUGGAAAAGAAAAAAACCGAGGGGCAGGUUUCAACUUGCCAAUUAAUCACUCGGUUUUAACACUUUUCUUGAUGUCCGCUUGCUUCUCGGAGGAGCUGGUUGACACCACCAUUGUAAUCUAAACCCGGCCACGCAUAACUAACUGUACUAAGCAUUCAUUUUUUAUUUGUGCUUCCUGUACUGAAUUUACACAUUUUCUUUGUUUUCAAGUGUCCUCUCCUUGCGUUGAACUGGUACUAUGUCAAAGCUGGAGGGGCCUUGUUCUUUAUUCUAUAUUCUUUAUUCUUUAUUCUUUAUAUUCAAUUACACUAGAGCAAUUGUUCAGCA